CUGAGGUAGAUAUUACAGCACCACUUAUUCGUUUGAUUGUUGUGCGCUUCGCUGUCCGCUUCUCCUGACGCACCAAUUCAGCGCGUUUUCCAGCAGAGAUCGUUGUGAGAUCGCAGGACGGGAGGAUGACAGCUCGAGUGUAUUUCUCGUUGAUUGCUGUUUUAUUGUGUCUGUUCGGAUACUUGAACCUAACUCACGCUAUUCAAAGACGAACCACAGUGAAGCCGGGUCAAUGUCCAAUACCGGAGAUGAUUCCACUGUGUGCUAAAAGCUGUUUCCAUGAUGGCCAGUGUCCGACCCGACAGAAGUGUUGCCCAACCACUGGUGGCUUUGCAUGCAGUGAACCAUGUGGCCAGGGAAGAGGCCAGGGUAGUGGUCAGGGACAAGGUCAGGGACAAGGACAGGGAAGUGGCCAGGGACAGGGCCAGGGUAGUGGUCAGGGUCAGGGACAAGGCCAGGGUAGUGGACAGGGUCAGGGACAGGGCCAGGGUAGUGGCCAGGGACAGGGUCGGGGACAGGGCCAAGGUCAGGGACAGGGAAGCGGCCAGGGCCAGGGACAAGGCCAGGGAAGCGGCCAGGGACAGGGCCAGGGACAAGGCCAGGGUAGUGGUCAGGGUCAGGGUAGUGGCCAGGGACAAGGUCAGGGACAGGGUAGUGGCCAGGGACAAGGU